GGCAAGUGGCCACAGGCACACCUGAUUUAGGACACACUGCUUUCCUGACACCGCGCUCCAACUCAACUCACUCAACUCGACCAUGCAUUUCGCUCUUGACCCGGUAUCCUCUCUUGUCUGACCUCCUUCUGCUGCUACGAUACCACCGCCAUCAUGACGAGAAAGGCAGCGCUCGCAGCGGCACUGGCCAGCUUCAUCGGCGCCGUCGCCGCCCUCCCGACCUCGGCCAACUAUACGGAAGUGCACCCGAUAGUUGCUCCCACGGCGUACCCAGAUGUCGAGGAAACCUGGACAGAUCCGUGGCGGUGCGCCACUGAGGACCCGAUGACAUAUCUCUCGGUGCCUAUGCCAACCGGCGCACUGGGGGAGGCGUACAACUCAUUCGGCUCCAGUUUGAUCCAGACGUGCUUGACCUCCGGAACGUACGACUACCCUUGCGCCUUCCCAGACAAGUCACGGUGGUGCGGCUUCACCACGGCCGUGCCGGCCUCGCUUCUGCCAGACUACACGGCGUACGCGCGCAACUGCUCCUCGUGGUGGGCGGCCAACAGCGCCAGUGUUAUCCGCAUCGCGGAGGAGUGCCCCGUCAUGUGGUAUCAAGCUUCCAACUUUGGCGUCUUGGGCGGCGCCAUCUAUCUGAACCACACGCUCAUCAACGCCGAGUGCUACGCCGAAGCAAAUCCGACCGGCAUACAAUCAGCACCCACGUGGCCAACCGCCACCCCGGGACAGGGGGCAACAUCAGGGCCUAACCCGGCCAGCACCUCGACCACCACCCGCCCAGCCCAAACAAGCGGCAUCCCCAGCUCCGGCGAAUGAUGCAACGGCAUCACCAACGCGGAGGGCGAAUCCGGAAAUUACUUGCGUCUCUACAGCGUCGUCUGCAGUUUUGGAUGCUGCCCGCCGGACCCGUGGAAGCAUGCGUCCCAUGGAGGGGAUUGUACAGCUUGGGCGUGUCAUUAUAUCUUAGGUAGUGUCCGGAUGCUGCCUAUCAGUAUCGCUAGUGAAGAGAGUUCCCGAUGAUAAUAGGCUGUAAAAUCCGCGGUACCUUAGUGUGGAGGAAGUGUAAUACAAGAUCAGACCCCUUCUCUAAUAAGCAGGAAAGACAGCAUAAAACUCCAAGAUACCAUCGGGCCCCUGCAAAUAUUACCC